AUGAGGGAGGUAGCUCCGUUCACUUCCAGUCUUCUUCUAGCCCCGCCCUUCGUGUUUCCCGCACACUGUGACGCUCUCUUCUCCUCACUGCGAGGACUCAAGGAGGAGGGACUCCUGCUGGACUGCGCUUUAAAACUCCUGGGAAAGUCCCACACGGCUCACCGACUGGUGCUCGCUGCUGUCAGUCACGCGGCGGAGGCGUGGCUGGUAUCCGGGGAGGCGGGGCUUAAGCAAGUGGAGCUGGACGGAGGACAGGUGACCCCUGCAGGACUGAAGGCUGUACUGGACUUCGGCUACAGCGGAGAAGUGACCGGAGGAAAGGACGACGAGAUACUGGGGGCCUGCGGGUGUUUAGAGGCGGAAAGACUCGAGAGACUGUGCGUGGAAGGCGCUGCGGUCAGCGGGAGCGAAGAGAGGGAGAGAAGCCUGAGGCACAUCCGGACUCUGUGGGAGAGGAACGCCGGCUGUGACGUCAUCCUGCAGACAGACGCGGGAGACCGUUUCCCGGCCCACCGCGUCAUAUUAGCAGCAGGCGCGGACUACUUUCGCGCCAUGCUCUGCGGAGGGUUACGGGAGUCCCGCGAGGGCGUGGUGCGGCUGCGCGGCGUGACGUCACGGGCGCUGCGCGAGCUGCUGGGCUUCGUUUACUCCGGGCGUCUGCAGCUGAGCCGCGGGUCCGUGUGGGAGCUGACGGAAGCCGCUUCGCUCUUCCAGCUGCAGGGGGCGCUGGCGCUGUGCUUAAACUUUCUGCAGGACACCAUGGAUGAAACCUCUUGCCUGGAUGUUCUGGCCUUGGCUGAAGCUUACUGCCUGGAGGAUCUGGGCGGGCGGGCCGAGGAGUAUUUUUUAGCCCACUUUCAGAGGGUCGCCGACGGGGAGAAGUUCAAGGAUCUGCCCUGCGUCCAGCUGCAGCGUCUGCUGGAGAGAGAUGCGCUCAACGCAGACAGCGAGCUGGCCGUGUUCAGAGCUGUGGUGAACUGGGUGGAGGAUGAUGAAGAGCGGAGACUGUCUCAUCUCUCAGGACUGAUGCAGAGCGUUCGGUUCUCUCUCAUGAGACCGGAGGAGCUGCAGGAGGUGCAGGACUGUAAGCUGCUGCUCAAGAGUUCAGCGCUGGAAACUCUAAACAAUCUCCUGCAUGAUGAUCUGAGAACAACAGACUGUAAGCCUCGAACACCGAACCAGGUUUUGGUGCUUGUUGGAGGAGAUUGUGUGAAUGAGGAUUUUGAGCGUCGAGAGCCCAACCUGUGCCUGUGGUUUGCCCGGCGCUUCGUUCGCGGAGAGGGACUCAUCCGAAAAAUUGAGUGGAGCCCUUUAGCGCAGCUCCCUGAGCCGCCGCGCUUCCGCCACUGUGUGUGUGUCCUCAACAACACACUCUACAUCCGGGGCAGGAAAUACUACGGUGCCCUGGACAUCCUGAAGAGUGCGCUAAAAUUCGAUCCAGCUCAGGGCAGAUGGGAACGUCUUCCUGACAUGUCCAGACCCAGGGAUUACUUCGCCGCUGUGUGUCACAGAGGGCAGGUGUUUGUUUUGGGCGGGAACUGUGAUGACGUGAACUAUCUGGACUCAGUGGAGUGUUACGCACCCGAGGACAACACCUGGAGGUCGUGUCAUCCUCUGGACGCUGCUGUCUGUGGUCACGCCGCGGCGGUGUUGAACGGAGAGAUGUUUGUGUCUGGAGGCUGUGACUCCGGCCUGCGCUGCUCUCCGUGUCUGUGGAUCUACGACCCGGCGCGCGGCUGCUCGAACCGAUCUCCCAUGACAGCGGGGGCGGGACGGGCGGGGCACGUGAUGCUGGUUUCAGGACAGCGAUUGGUCGUGGCUGGGGGGUUACAGCCAGCGUGGGCGGGGUUUGGAGACCAGCUGCAGUGUGAGUGGUAUGAUCCCGUUCGUGACUCCUGGUCGUCUUUCCCCGGUCUGCCCCGAGCUCACCUCUCACCGGGGGCGGCCGCUCUCGACGGACAGCUGUAUGUUUUGGGAGGGUCUUCGGCUGAUUCGGCUCGUGAUACACCGUGGGUGCACCGUUACGAUCCACAGGGAAAGUGCUGGGAGAAACUGGGAGCAAUGCCACGACCUUACGCUGAUCUCGCCGCAUGCGCUUUACAGCUCUGUCUGAAGAACUGA